AGUUGCUCACGCGCACUGCAUAUAAGAGCUCGUAUAAUAUUCGUUAAAUCCGUACUGUUGUUACAUAGUCUAGUCAAUUGCUCAUUCAUGUUACUGCAUAAGUUAGUGUAGCAUCACAGUGGUCAAACUAUUAACUAGAAAAAUAACAUUAUUUAAAAAUGUGUUCCCUUAAAAGUUUACUGGUAAUAUGUUCGUUAUUUAGUGUAAUAUUCGCCGCUAGCUUAAAUGGAUCAAUUGGUUUCCCCGAGGCGGAAGAGGAUCCUAACUUAGUCAAUAAGGACAACCGACAACCUGUCUACAUCCCAUCGAUGUGUGCGGAGAACGAGCUGUACUACCCUGGAGACCAGAAGGAUGACUGGAUAUGCGAUUGCAGGCCAGGUUUCUUAUACCACCCAAAGUCGGACGCCUGCUGGGCAGCCUACACGAAGGGUCCCUGCCUAGACGGCCAGUACUUAAUUUUACCGCAAGGGUCUGCAAUACCCCUCUGCGAAACAAAUCCCUGCGUUAUCAACAAGUUAGUGAUGUUCAACGGGAAAUGUCAGCCGCUGUCGACGACCGCUCCAUGCAAUCACUUGUGGCCUCCUGCAGUUCUGACCAUCAACGCCACGACGUUGACCCCCAACUGUGAACGAAUCAACUUACUGUCCAGGUUUGGUGACCGACCGGUCGUCGUGUUGCCGAAGUGUCCACCCGGCUGCAAGAGAAGUGUUAACGGAAGAUGUGUUCCUAUUGCAGGAUGAAUGUUAAUAAAUAUUAUUCUAAAUUCUGCAGCAA